AAACUAGCAAGAAGGACGCCCCGUUUAUUCGCGCCGAAAAACCAUGGAUCCGAACGAGGAUUGCGCCGUGUCGAAAAAGACCCUGAUUACAAAGAUUUUUAAAGUUCGAAGGAGAAGGGAAAUGCUUUUCGUGCAGGUCUGUUUUAUUUGCAGUGUCCUCUUCAUGGCAUGGUGUAUGUCAGCACUACUGACAAAAACAGGGCAUGGGCUAACCAUGGAGGUGGGGCGCGAUGCCCAGGCGCAAUGGGGGCGGAGACUAAUGGCCACUACAGACAACAACAUAACGGAAGAGGAGAGGAACUGCACGGAGCCAGCUGUCCACGAGUUCCCUGAAGAUAUAUUCACCACCAGAGAGCGGAAGCAAGGAGCAGUGCUGCUGCAUAUACUUGGGGCCCUUUACAUGUUCCUGGCCCUCGCCAUCGUCUGCGACGACUUCUUUGUGACAUCACUGGAGAAGAUCUGUGAGAAACUGAACCUGAGUGAGGACGUCGCUGGUGCUACCUUCAUGGCGGCAGGAAGCUCUGCCCCCGAGCUCUUCGCCUCUAUCAUCGGUGUCUUCAUCACCCACGGCGACGUGGGAGUGGGCACGAUUGUCGGCUCGGCGGUCUUCAACAUCCUGUGCAUCAUCGGCGUGUGCGGAAUCUUCGCUGGUCAGGUGGUCUAUCUUACACGGUGGGCAGUGUUUCGUGACUCAUUGUACUACACCCUGUCUGUGGUGGCUCUGAUUGUGUUUAUCUACGAUGAAAAGAUCAUGUGGUGGGAGAGCGUGGUGCUGGUGGUGAUGUACGCGGGCUACAUUCUCAUCAUGAAAUUUAACACAAGCAUGCAGAGAUACUUCACAGGGAAGAAAGACGAAAGCGUUGCCAAUGGUAACACUGUGAUCAGCGAGAUGGAGGAUGUGAAGCCCAGUAAGACUUACAGCCGAGGCUCCGUGGUGAUGGUGGAUGAGAUCAUGAGCUCCAACUCUCCAAACUACCGCUUCCCUGAAGCAGGACUCCGCGUCAUGAUGACCAACCACUUCGGACCCAAGACCCGCCUCCGAAUGGCCAGUCGCCUCAUCAUCAAUGAGCAGAGGUUGGUCCAGGUUUCAAACAAAUCUGACAACAUGGUGAUGGAUGGGAAAGCAGACAACCUGGAGAACGGGAAUGUUCCAGAGGACAAACAGGUAGAGGAGAAGGAGAACGACUUGUCCUCCCCCUUCUCUUUGCCAGGGGGCAUUCUGAACAAAGUGAAGUGGGCGAUCUCCUGGCCCGUGCUGCUCUUGCUGUACUUCACCGUGCCAAACUGCGCCAGGCCGCGCUGGGAACGGUUCUUCAUGCUCUCCUUCUUCCUCUCCACUGUCUGGAUCGCUGUUUUCUCCUACUUCAUGGUGUGGAUGGUGACAAUCAUCGGUUACACUCUGGGAAUCCCGGACGUCAUCAUGGGCAUCACCUUCCUGGCAGCUGGCACCAGCGUCCCCGACUGCAUCGCCAGUCUCAUCGUCGCCCGGCAAGGUCUCGGGGACAUGGCAGUGUCCAAUACCAUCGGCAGCAAUGUCUUCGACAUCCUGGUGGGCCUGGGCAUCCCCUGGGCGAUCCAGACCGUGGCCGUCAGUUACGGCUCAGUGGUUCAGAUUAACAGUCGGGGACUGGUGUACUCAGUUGUGCUGCUGCUGGGAUCUGUGGCUCUCACUGUUCUGGGGAUCCAUGUCAACAGGUGGAAGCUGGACCUGAGGCUGGGGGUGUACGUGAUGGUCAUGUACGCCAUCUUCCUCUGCUUCUCCAUCAUGAUCGAGUACAACAUCUUCACCUUUGUCAACCUGCCCAUGUGUCAGGAGUAGCCUUCGCGCUAAGCUCCGACCAAACCCCCCUCCACCUUUACUCACCCUCACCACCAUCUCGUCACCUUGGCAAAGCCCUGAUCUUCAUACCCUUCUCAUACCCCUAAUCCUGCCUUGGCCCCAAAUCCCUAUACAACC